GAGUUAAAUUUGGAUCUUGUUCAGUUUCCUCGUCCUGUUUAUAUUCAUGAAAUUAGAAUCAUACCUUUAGGAGCAAGAGUUCAAGCUGAUUUUCCUGGAGGACAUAGACUUGGGGCUACAAAUCCUUCAACUUUUCAACUUGAAUUUUUUGUUAAUGAUUUAAGUACAAUUGGUGCUUGUACUUUCAAAAAAUUAGGAAACCUUGAAUAUAAACAGAAUGUGGAUAUUCAAUUUCUUGUUAUGGAUAAGAUUCCAACAGAUGGUCUUGUGCUUAGAGGAUGGUAUUGUACAAUUACAUUGGCUGUAUAUGGUAUGCUAACAAAAGUUUGCAAAGAACGAUCUUCACCACCACCACCUCCUCCACCACCUCAAACUAAUCUUAGAUCACAACCAAUUGGUAACUUAGUUUUAUAAAUUAUUAAUUUUUUCGUAAAGAAUAUAAUCAAAAUUAACUUUGAUGAAAGUAGUUGAUUUCACUUCUGGUUGUUGAUUGAUAUUUUGAAUAUGUUUCUUUGCUUAUGGAUUCACAUUAUAGAGAUUAUUUCUUGUAUUACUGUCUUAUUAUCAUGCUUUUGUUUUAGUACAAAAUAGAAAUUUUUUAGAGUUAUGUUGGAGAAAACUACAGUAGUACAGUAGAGCAUCGAUUAUUCAAAA